ACACGCGCUCACACCCGCGUCGGCACACUCCACCACCUCCAGGCACACCCUAGGAUUCCUCCACUGGCCUGGGGAGACGCACCAGGCUCUGCCUCGUCUCCCUGCCCCCCACCCUCGCUCACGCGCGCGCCCCUCUACACACACACACACACACACACACACACACACACCCUCUCACGGGGAGUCACUCCCCCUAGCACGCCCUCGCCCUGGGCACCCUCCCGCGGCGAGCCUCCGGGUCCUCAUCUCUCCCUUCGCUGCCUGGCGGCCCCGAGCUCUCGAGCCCGGCCUGGAGCCGCUCGGCCGCCGGGAAUCGGUAGGGAGACGAGGGCGCAGCCUCGCCGCCUCCCCCGGACUCUCCUCUCCGCCCCGCCCGCGCCGCGCCCCCACCACCUCCCCCUUCGGGAGAGGGACCUCGCCAGGCAGCCGGUGGCCCGCUGGGCUCCUCUCCGCGCGGCGCCAGCAGCGGCGGGGGCAGGGCGCGAGCGAGGGAGCCCGCGAGCCCGCGAGCCCGAGAGCGGAGCGGCGAGGCGGGGAGGGAACGCGCUGCCGAGCCGGGGCUGGAGCGGCGGCGGCGGCGGAGGGAGGGCCCCACGGACAGACAGACGCACGAACGGACCGAGCCAGGGAGGGAGCGAGAGAGACUUCGCCGGCGAGGAGGAGCGGCGCGAGCCGCGGCUGCUGGGCGCUUCCCCGCGCUGCUGGGUGCUCAGCGCCUCCGCGGCCCCCGGCUCCCGGCCUCAGCUUCCUCGCGCGCGCGAGGCGCGGGGUGCGGGGCCCGGGGCUCGCUUCGCCGAAGGGGUCGCUGAACUAACUCUCAAGCUGGUGUGUGGGGUGGCGGAGCAGUGGCCGCCCAAGAGCUGGAGUCACCAUGGCGGCCGGAGUCGCAGCCUGGCUGCCUUUCGCGCGGGCUGCGGCCAUUGGGUGGAUGCCGGUGGCCAACUGCCCCAUGCCCCUCGCCCCGGCAGACAAGAACAAGCGGCAGGAUGAACUGAUCGUCCUCAACGUGAGCGGGCGGAGGUUCCAGACGUGGCGGACCACGCUGGAGCGCUACCCGGACACACUGCUGGGCAGCACGGAGAAGGAGUUCUUCUUCAACGAGGACACCAAGGAGUACUUCUUCGACCGGGACCCAGAAGUGUUCCGCUGCGUCCUCAACUUCUACCGCACAGGCAAGCUGCACUACCCGCGCUACGAGUGCAUCUCCGCCUACGACGACGAGCUGGCUUUCUAUGGCAUCCUGCCCGAGAUCAUUGGCGACUGCUGUUACGAGGAGUACAAGGACCGCAAGAGGGAGAACGCUGAGCGGCUCAUGGACGACAACGACUCGGAGAACAACCAGGAGUCCAUGCCCUCCCUCAGCUUCCGCCAGACCAUGUGGCGGGCCUUCGAGAACCCGCACACCAGCACGCUGGCCUUGGUCUUCUACUACGUGACUGGCUUCUUCAUUGCCGUGUCGGUCAUCACCAACGUGGUGGAGACGGUGCCGUGUGGCACGGUGCCGGGGAGCAAGGAGCUGCCGUGUGGCGAGCGCUACUCGGUGGCCUUCUUUUGCCUGGACACCGCCUGCGUCAUGAUCUUCACGGUGGAGUACCUCCUCCGGCUGUUCGCGGCGCCCAGCCGCUACCGCUUCAUCCGCAGCGUGAUGAGUAUCAUCGACGUGGUGGCCAUCAUGCCCUACUACAUCGGCCUGGUAAUGACCAACAAUGAGGACGUGUCGGGCGCCUUCGUCACGCUUCGGGUCUUCCGCGUCUUCAGGAUCUUCAAGUUCUCCCGCCACUCCCAGGGCUUGCGGAUCCUGGGCUACACCCUGAAGAGCUGUGCCUCUGAGCUCGGCUUCCUCCUCUUCUCCCUCACCAUGGCCAUCAUCAUCUUUGCCACUGUGAUGUUUUAUGCUGAGAAGGGCUCCUCCGCCAGCAAGUUCACGAGCAUCCCGGCCUCUUUUUGGUACACCAUCGUCACCAUGACCACACUGGGAUAUGGAGAUAUGGUGCCCAAGACGAUUGCAGGGAAGAUCUUCGGCUCCAUCUGUUCCCUGAGCGGUGUCCUUGUCAUUGCCCUGCCGGUCCCUGUGAUCGUUUCCAACUUCAGCAGGAUUUACCACCAGAAUCAGAGAGCUGAUAAACGCAGGGCACAAAAGAAGGCCCGCCUUGCCAGGAUCCGUGUGGCCAAAACAGGGAGCUCCAAUGCCUACCUGCACAGCAAGCGCAAUGGACUCCUCAACGAGGCGCUGGAGCUGAUGGGCACCCCGGAAGAAGAGCACAUGGGCAAGACCACCUCACUCAUCGAGAGCCAGCACCAUCACCUGCUGCACUGCCUGGAAAAAACCACUGGGUUGUCCUAUCUUGUGGAUGAUCCCCUGUUAUCUGUACGAACCUCCACCAUCAAGAACCACGAGUUUAUAGAUGAACAGAUGUUUGAGCAGAACUGCAUGGAGAGUUCAAUGCAGAACUACCCAUCCACCCGGAGUCCCUCACUGUCCAGCCACCCGGGCCUCAUGACCACCUGCUGCUCCCGUCGUAGUAAGAAAACCACACACCUGCCCAAUUCCAACCUGCCGGCCACCCGCCUGCGCAGCAUGCAAGAGCUCAGCACCAUCCACAUCCAGGGCAGCGAGCAGCCGUCCCUCACUACCAGUCGUUCCAGCCUUAAUUUGAAAGCAGACGACGGACUGAGACCAAACUGCAAAACAUCCCAGAUCACCACAGCCAUCAUCAGCAUUCCUACUCCCCCAGCGCUAACCCCAGAGGGGGAAGGUCGGCCACCCCCUGCCAGCCCAGGCUCCAACACGAACAUUCCUGCCAUAGCCAGCAAUGUUGUCAAGGUCUCCGCCUUGUAAAACCACUGGACAGAGGGCCAGUGCGGGUAGUGGGAGUGAAGGGGGCUGGCAUGUUGGUGGGUGGCCACUGUGACCACUCCCUCCCCCUCCCCCACUAUUUCUGCCCACCCUGUUGCACCCCCAACACUGAAACCUGUGCCUGGAAGGAGAAAGAGGCAGCAAAGGGGCACCUGAGGUUCACUGCUGCUAGCGUGGACAUAGCCCUGUGCCACUGCAUCUCACAGGGG